CUCUCUAAACUAGAGCACAUCGCUCGCCGCCAUGCAUCGAGCGCUCAGAAUCUGCGAGAUCGCAAGGAGUAUCUGCGCCUUCCUCAACGAUGAAUCUGAGCCGGAGAGACCAUCACUAGCCGCUCUCGCUAGAACGUGCAAGGGAUUACACGAGCCUGCUAUGGAAGCCCUCUGGGCUGUCCUCGAUAGCCUUGUCCCUCUUCUGCAGUGCUUACCCUGGGACUGCGGGGGAGUCAAAGAUACAGUCGUGACUCUGACAAAUCGUGCGACCGUAGAGGAAUGGGCAACUUUCUUCAAGUACGCCUCGUAUGUGAGGACACUGUCGGAUACCCUGGAUGCAGAGGACUGUCGUGACCGACUCAGGAGCGUCGAACCCUCCGUGAUCCAGUCCAUCUGUGCGGCCGUACCCCCAGGUCAGACCUUACUGCCUGGCUUGCGCAAGCUCGGAUGUACCGGCACCUGCAUCCCCUUUUCCGCCCUCCCAGCGUUCUUGCUUGCCAUCGGCAGACGUCUCACGGACGUGGAGAUAGUGUAUCGGGGUCAUGACUCGAACGACCGCCUUGUUGACGACGUGAUGCGAAGUAUUACCAUCAUCGCACGUCGCUGGCGCAACCUCCGCGUUUUCAACCUAUCUACAGAACCAGAGGAAAACACUGUCAAGCAUAUAGCGACCCUCUCCCAAGCAACACUGGGGCUACAGGACUUGCGAGAUUACCAAUGCAUGAGCAUUGAGCUUCGUCGAGACGCGGUGUUAGCCCUUGCAUCCCUUCCGGCGCUCAAGACGUGCGCCCUUCGUCUUCCUAAACCGUCCCACUGGAAGGAGAAAGUCGAUUUUCUGCAGCCUUUCCAGAAUCUGCAAACCUUCAUAUUUGCCACCACGGCCUCAGCCUAUGUUGCCUUCUCUCGAGCCUUACCGUCAGUCGUGCUACCUGUGGAGUCCUUUGAUCUAAUCUUGACGGACGUCCCCUUCGGUCACGCAAUGGUCGACGUCAUCUCGCUUAUCUCGCGGCACUUUCGCACUGACAGACUCGCUGAGCUCUUCAUUCGCUUUGACCCGGAUUACCUCGAUAGUGAUGACGAUAGCGACGACGAUAGCAACGACAUCCCAAUCAUGGUCGAAAGACGCGCUGAUGUUACAAUCAACUCCUCGCAUCUCCACGCUCUGGUCAAGUUCACCAAGACACGAAUCUUCGUGUUUGACGCGCCCGGGCUCUACGACAUUGACGACAAUCUCCUCGUCAGCAUGGCUGAGGCAUGGCCCAGUCUGGAGGACUUUGGUCUAGCGUCAGUUCAUCAUGCAUGCUUCCAACCCGUGAUCCACUCGACCCUCGCCGCUCUCCCUGCAUUCGCCCUGCAUUGUCCUCAACUGGAACGCCUCGCCCUGCAGAUCGACGCGAGCGCUGGACAAAUCCAACACUCCGCCAGCCAGGUGAGCCUUGACGCCAAGCCGCGGUCCUCACAACUCGAUGCAAAAUCGACGAUACCUCCUUCGUUCUACGGGGCGCUACGCGAUAUGGAGAAGAGCCCCUCCAAGCUGACCUCUUUGGUCCUGUUUGGCACCCCUGUCAGCAACCCGGACGAGGUCGCGACGUUCCUCUUGCAUGUCUUUCCGGCUCUCAGCGAUUUCAUCUCACAUGGACCUCAGGUUAGGCAAGCUGAGUUUUGGGGAAUGUAUGAUGGUUGGCGUGCGGUCAUGAACAAGGUACGCGAAGCGUCGUUCAAGGAACAAGAAGGCUCUUCCGGCUAGGCUACCUCCCACUUGCC